GCCGCCUGAAAGUGAGGAUUUGCGGGUUGGCUCAGCGCGGCAGCAUGGCAUCAGCUGGGCACCUGGUCCCCUGGCUCUUGUGCGGUUCCCUCUUGCAGCUCUGGACAGCAGGACACGCGGCAGAUACCACUCAUCCCCGCUUACGACUGUCACAUAAAGAGCUCUUGGAUCUAAACAGGACAUCAGUGUUUCGUAGCCCAGUUGGAUUUCUUGACAUCCACACAAUGUUACUAGAUGAAUAUCAAGAGAGACUCUUCGUGGGAGGAAAAGACCUUGUGUAUUCCCUGAGCUUGGAACAAAUCAACAAUGGCUAUAGAGAGAUACACUGGCCUAGCCCACCACUAAAAAUUGAAGAAUGUAUUAUGAAAGGAAAAGAUGCAAGUGAAUGUGCAAAUUAUGUUCGAGUCUUACAUCAUUAUAACAGGACACAUCUUCUGACCUGUGGUACUGGAGCAUUUGACCCACACUGUACCUUUAUCAGAGUUGGAUAUCAUCUGGAGGAACCUCUGUUUCACCUGGAGCCACACAGAUCUGAGCGAGGAAGGGGCAGAUGUCCUUUUGAUCCGACCUCUUCCUUCAUAUCCACAUUGAUUGGUAGUGAAUUGUUUACUGGACUCUACAGUGAUUACUGGGGCAGAGAUGCUGCAAUCUUCAGAAGCAUGGGUCGGCUGGCCCAUAUUCGAACUGAGCAUGAUGAUGAGCGCUUGUUGAAAGAACCAAAAUUUGUGGGUUCAUAUAUGAUCCCUGACAAUGAAGACAGAGAUGACAACAAAGUGUAUUUCUUUUUUACUGAGAAGGCCCUGGAGGCAGAAAACAAUGCCCAUGCAAUUUAUACCCGAGUUGGGCGCCUGUGUGUGAAUGAUGUUGGUGGACAAAGAAUACUGGUGAAUAAGUGGAGCACUUUCCUAAAAGCUAGGUUGGUUUGUUCUGUUCCAGGAAUGAAUGGAAUUGACACAUAUUUUGAUGAAUUAGAAGAUGUAUUUUUGCUGCAUACCAGAGAUCAUAAGAACCCAGUGAUAUUUGGACUCUUUAAUACUACCAGUAAUAUAUUUAGAGGACAUGCUAUAUGUGUCUAUCAUAUGUCUAGUAUACGGGCAGCUUUUAAUGGACCAUAUGCACACAAGGAAGGACCUGAAUACCACUGGUCACUCUAUGAAGGAAAAGUCCCUUAUCCAAGACCUGGUUCUUGUGCCAGCAAAGUGAAUGGAGGAAGAUAUGGAACAACUAAAGACUAUCCUGAUGAGGCCAUUAGAUUUGCGAGAAGUCAUCCGCUUAUGUACCAAUCCAUAAACCCUGCCCAUAAGAAACCAAUACUGGUGAAAACAGAUGGAAAAUACAACCUGAAACAGAUAGCAGUAGAUCGAGUGGAAGCUGAGGAUGGUCAAUAUGAUGUCUUAUUUAUUGGAACUGAUAAUGGUAUUGUGCUAAAGAUAAUCACAAUUUACAACCAAGAAACAGAAUCAAUGGAAGAAGUAAUUCUUGAAGAACUUCAAAUAUUUAAGGAUCCAGUUCCUAUUAUUUCUUUGGAGAUUUCUUCAAAGAGACAACAGCUGUAUGUUGGUUCUGCUUCUGCUGUGGCUCAAGUCAGAUUUCAUCAGUGUGACAUGUAUGGAAGUGCUUGUGCUGAUUGCUGUCUGGCCAGAGAUCCUUACUGCGCGUGGGAUGGUAUUUCGUGCUCUCGAUAUUACCCAACAGGCACACAUGCCAAAAGGCGGUUCCGCAGACAAGAUGUUCGGCAUGGAAAUGCAGCUCAGCAAUGCUUUGGACAGCAGUUUGCUGGAGAUGCUUUGGAUAAGACUGAAGAGAGACUUGCCUAUGGAAUUGAGAGUAACAGUACUUUACUAGAAUGUACUCCAAGAUCUCUACAGGCAAAGGUUAUCUGGUUUGUGCAAAAAGGACAAGACACAAGGAAAGAGGAGGUGAAGACAGAUGACAGAGUGGUUAAGAUGGAUCUUGGCUUGCUCUUCCUAAGAGUACGCAAAAUGGAUGCUGGGAUCUACUUUUGUCAAACAGUAGAGCAUAAUUUUGUCCACACUAUCCGUAAAAUCACCCUGGAGGUAGUGGAAGAGGAGAGAGUGGAGGCAAUGUUUAACAAAGACUUGGAAGUGGAAGGGCCUCACAAGAUGCCUUGUCCUGCCCAGAGCAGCAUUCCACAGGGAGCAAAACCAUGGUAUAAGGAAUUUCUGCAGCUUAUUGGUUAUAGCAACUUCCGAAGAGUAGAAGAAUAUUGCGAAAAGGUAUGGUGCACUGAUAAGAAGAGAAAAAAGCUUAAAAUGUCACCCUCCAAAUGGAAGUAUGCCAACGCAAAGGAAAAGAAGCUCCGUGCUAAGGCUGAGCACUAUCGCCUGCCCAGACAUACGCUGGAAGCCUGAUGGGCAGAGCUGCCUAUCGACUUCUGAAGGAUUUAUAUUUGGAAACUUUAAGAAAAAUCAAACUUAUUUGCAUCAACUAAAAGAUAUUUCUGUAAUACAGAAAUAAUUAUAAAUGUGUUAUGAUAAAUUAUUCUAUAUACUCAUUUGACUGGUUAAAUCAUAUGAAUUAAUUUUUAAAAAAAUAUUUUACUCAAUGAUUAUUCCAUUACAUUCAUUGAAAAGUGCACGUUGUGGUAGUUUCAGUACAUGGUUUCAUUUUUCUAUGGAAAUUAUUA